UGAAAUUAAGGUGCCGAUUAAUAAGAGUUAAGAGUUCUUUGUGCGACGAAUGUGGGAUGAAGUGAGGGAAUUCGGGUGUGAAUAACGGCAAUAUACACACACAAUCACUCUAUCUAAUUCACUAUAUAUAAGUCUAAGGCAUAUCAUUUCAUUUCAAAAUAAAAAAAAGUCUUAAGCAUAUACUUCGAGCAAUAUUAGGGUUUCUUGUUGCUUACGUUUUGUGUUUACUUGCUUCCUACGUUUGCGUUGAUUUGGAAAGAAAAAAAACACUCAAGUGAUUUUAAUUUGACAUGGGUGGAAGUUCAGUUCUUGCUAUUGAUGAUUGGGAGUUUGCUAACUUAUCUAAUGAGGUUAAGACAUUGGUUUUGUUUGGACGAACUGGCAACGGGAAGAGUGCGACUGGUAAUAGUAUUCUUGGAAAAAAAGUCUUCAAAUCGAGGGCUAGCUCUUCCGGUAUCACUGUUUCUUGUGAAAUGCAGACGACUACUAUGAAUGAUGGACAAAUUGUUAAUGUUAUUGAUACUCCAGGACUAUGUGAUUUUUCUGUCGGAUCUGAGUUAAUUGGCAAAGAAAUAUUCAAGUUCAUUAAUUUGGCUAAGAACGGGAUCGAUGCCAUCAUUGUAGUAUUCUCUGUUAGAACGCGCUUUAGCGAGGAAGAAAACAGAGCUCUACGUAGAGCGUUUAAAUUUUUCGGAAGCAAAAUUGUUGACUACAUGAUUGUGGUCUUUACUGGCGGAGAUGAAUUGGAAGAAAAUGAUCAGACACUGGACGAUUACUUAGGCAGUGAAUGUCCAGAACCUUUAAAGGCAAUUCUCUCGUUGCGUGGGAAUCGAUGUGUGCUUUUUGAUAACAAGACUAAGGAUGAAAAGAAGCAAUUUGAACAAGUUCAACGACUACUCUCUUUGGUAGACAUGGUAAUAUCGCAGAAUGAUGGGAAGCCUUAUACUGAGACGGAUGAGUCAAAGUUAAGGGAGGCAACUAUAAGGUUGGAGCAACAAUUGGCUAUAGAGCAAACUGCAAGACUAAACGCAGAAAAUAAUGCAUAUGCUGCUCAAAUGAUAUCAAAUGAUAAAGAACAACAACUCAGGAAACGUCUUGAGAUGGCUCAUUCAGAACUCCGCAUGGGAGGUCAAGAUAACGAUCGUUGUGCCAUUCUUUGAUAAUCGAAGCUACUUCAAACUUGUAAAUAUGGAUUAUUAUUGUUAGUAUUAUUAUGUGUUGACAUCAUGCAUUAUGAGAUUAGAGAUCUUUUUUCUUUUCUUUUUUAAUUUGGAAUUUGGCCUGUCAUGUCUCUAGGAAUUUUGAUAUAUAUGUUUCUGAUAUAUAUUUACUUUUAUUAUAA